UACACAGUGCAGCUGUGAAUGCCCUGUCUUUCCACCCGUCGGGAAACUACCUCAUCACAGCCUCCAGCGACUCAACCCUGAAGAUCCUGGACCUGAUGGAGGGCCGGCUGCUCUACACGCUCCAUGGGCACCAGGGACCUGCCACCACUGUUGCCUUUUCAAGAACUGGGGAGUAUUUUGCUUCUGGAGGCGCUGAUGAGCAGGUGAUGGUUUGGAAGAGUAACUUUGAUGUUGUUGACUGUGGAGACGUGAAGGUGCAGAGGCCUCCACCCCAGGCCAGCUCUGCUAGAAAUCUGCCAGAAAUGAAUUUGCCUGUCCCACCAGGCAAAGACAAGAGCCUGGAGUCGGUGCAAGAGCAGUCUCAAGAGCGCGUCAGUAUGCCCCAGACACUGACCAGCACACUGGAGCACAUCGUGGGCCAGCUGGACGUCCUCACACAGACAGUGUCCAUCCUGGAACAGCGGUUGACACUGGCAGAAGACAAGCUGAAGCAGUGCCUGGAAAACCAGCAGCUAAUCAUGCAGCGAACGCCAUCAUGACCCAGGAGCAAGAAUCAGGAGCUCAGUUGAUUAGGAGGACAGCAGGCUAGGGAUUUGUAUGGUGACUUGAGUAAAUAAAUAAAGGGAUUCACCCCUGAGGGAGCCACAUCUGUACCCAGUCUAAGAUUGGGUGCUCCUGCUCCCCUGUCCCCAAGUGCUGUUUGCACCUGGAACCUCCCCACCUGACCAUGGGAAGCUCCCAGUGGGUGGAGCCACACAGAAGGGAGACUUGUGACCACACUUAGUUUAACAAAAAGGAGCCAGGUGAACUGGGUGCUUCCUCAGAGUCCUAAGAUGGUGACAAGCUGUCUAGAGAGCCUUGCUAGGUUUUCAUUCACCUCACUUCAGCCUCCUGACUGGCUUCUAAGUUGGUAGUUCAUUGCUUGGAUGAGGCAAGAAUUUUCUCUCCAUCUGACCACCCCCGCCCCCGCCCCUGCCCCCAAAGAAAGCCCCCAAUAGACCAUCUGAGUCAGGUUUGUUUGGGAACAAGCUUGGGGCAAUGGGUAGGGCCUUUGCAAAGCCUUUAAUUUCUGUUACCACCAGGGCCAGUGGCUUCUUCCUGUCUACAUGCAUGAGAACAGAGGGAUCUGAAAAUUAAAACUAAUUUGACUGAUGUUGUUGCAGGAAUGGCUUGUUCUGGGUAAGACCUAACCAGUCCUCCCAUCCCAGGGCCCAUAAAGGGAGAGUCACAGCAGCAAUGGGAGGUGGGGUGCUUAGAGGAUCAUUUCUGAGACCAAGGACCCUUGUUUGCAGCUGUUUGGGGGGUGCUGGAGUGCAAGGAUAGCCGAAGCCCUGUGUAUUUCCCCUAACUGGCUUCCACAGGGAUGUGGAGGCCCCAAGUGCCCUGUUUCCAUUCAUCAUGAGGGUUUCUUGGGGCCAUCCUCCACAUCUAGACUGGGAAAGCCAGUGAGUACUUUCCUUGUCUGCACGGCUUCUACCACAAAGCCGCAGCCUUCAGCAUCUUGGAGCUUAGAAACCAGAGAGGUCCUUAUCCCCUAAAAUACUGCCCUGCCCUGGGGGUGGGUGCAGUGCUAGAACUCCCCAAAACCUGUCAAUACCAGCUAGUUAGCCUGGCCACAGCCCUUGCAGCUUCCAGGAGAAGUAGAGCCUGAAUGUCUAAGAGUCCAGGCUGGCACGAGGGCCAGCCUGUGUUGAUUUCUGAUAAACCACAAGUGUGGGAGGUUGCCUCCUCCAGCUUGUACUAAGUAAGGAGAGCUAAAUUCCAGAGUCAGACCUUAGUCCUGCCCACCCCCACCUGUACCCCCCAAAAUACUGCAGUCUGACCUGUCUGAGGCUCUGAUUGUUAGUUUUGAAGCAGUGACCUCUAUUCCUUUAGGUGCUGCACCCUGCCCUGUGAGAGUAGUGGCUCAAGGGAACCCAUUACUCUGUCCAUUCCCACUAGAUGACAGAGCCUAUUGUCAAGAGACAGCAGGUGGAUCGGGAAGAGCUGGGGUUCCCUGGGGAGCUGCAGUGCAGGAGCCUGGUAGCCUGCACUGGCAGGUAAGCCCCUCAGCUGUCUCUGGAGGGAGUAAGCACCCCACCCUGUGACACUUAGCUGGCUACUACCUCAAAGGGUGCAGCUUGCGGCGCCAGCCUUGUCAUCCCUCCCAUGCUGGUUCUGCCACCCUCUUGGUGGAGGCAGGCUGAGUGUGGGGCACGCCUUUAAUCCCAGCACUCGGGAGGCAGAGGCAGGCAGGCAGGCGGAUCCGAGUUUGAGCUUGGCCUCAUAGUGAGACCCUGUCUCUAAAACCAGGUAGAGGUGAGAGCUGAGAGUCAGCAUUUAUCCCUCUACUUCCUGGCUGUGGGUCCAAGAUAACCAGCUGCUUCAAGCUCAGGCUGCAUGGCUUCCCUACCACGAUGGACUGUGAACCAAAUAAACCUUUUCUUCCUGAA